AUGUCGGGGGGCGAUGGAACUCCCCUUCAAGUGGACGAGUCCGACACUAUGCAGUUAAUAAGACAGGCAGUUCUUUUCGAGAAUUUGGAAUUGGUGACCGACCUUGUUCGCGAGAAUCCGUGGAGUCUGACACGGGUGGAUCGACAUGGCCGUACACCUCUCAUGCUUGCUGCUCAUAAUGGGAGAGUGGAAUGUUUGCGAACCCUAAUAAUACUAAGUCAAGAUUCGCUCAAUGCUGGCAACAGUGCGGGGAAAACGGCUCUUCAUCUGGCUGCUGAAGCUGGAGAACUGUCAGCUGUACGACAGUUGCUCGACGCCGGUGCUGAUCCAGAGCUUCGGGACGCUGCAGGACACUGCGCGCUCGAAUCAGCGCAUAUUGCUGGACAUCAAAGUGUAGCUGCAACGAUAAUAGAGAGCAUUCAGCUCAAAAGUAACAAAUUGAAUGAGGCUCACUCUCUGUUGAUGGCUGCAUGCGCUGAAGGUGAUGUGGAAUCUGUCGAUCGUAUUCUUGCCAAUUUUUCUCUGCAGGACCGUUAUAUCCUCCUUAAUGGACGAGCUCCUGAGGACGAUACUGCAAUGUUCAUAGCAUGCACAAAUGGUCAAACCGAGGUGGUGAAGCGAUUACUACACCCUGACAACGACCACGUCUUAGUGAAUCAAAUCAACCAGGAUACUGUUCUACAUGCGGCAGUUUCUUCACAAAAUACAGACGUGCUUCGUACAGUACUUAAGGCAUUUCCUGCCUUGGUCGCUAAUUCGAAUUGUGACGGGUGUUCGUGUCUCCACUGGGCGGCAGAAAGCGGUUCGACGGAGAUUGUGAAAUGUAUACUCGAGUACGAAUAUCCUGAAGAAUACGUGAAAGAGGUUGACCUGCUCUCAUAUCCUCCCUAUCGGCUAGCGAUAGAUGUGAAUUGUGGUGAUAAUGAAUGUCGAACUGCAUUAUACAGAGCCGUGGCUAAAGGCCAUACAGAAGUGUUGCAGUGCAUGCUGGAGUUCCGAUGUCUUUUCGCAGACGGCGAGAAACGGUGUCCUUUUCAAAUUGACGUUUACUGCAGUCGUGGAAGGACCCCGUUGAUGGUGGCCGCAUAUAAUCAGUCGCUGCCUAUGCUCACGCUGUUGUUAGAUGCAGGCGCAGAUGUGAACCUACCAUUGGCUGUACUUGACUCCGAAACUUGCGAGGAAGCUCGUUGUGUUGGUUCUGGUGCUCUUGUGGAGGCGACGCGAAGUGAUGCUAUUCAUGUUGUUCAUUUCCUACACGACAGAGGAGCUCUCGACACUGACAAUCGAGCACUUCGUGUCGCUGCUAAGAAUAACAAUUUGAAGCUGAUACGGGUAUUUCUCACACGCCUUGUUUUUCCUGACCCCGAAUACAAAGUCAACAAGAAGAAUAUCGAUGUUGGUCAGAUACAAGUUGGUCAGAGUUUGCUCCCAUCUUCGUUGUGUCCAUCCCGUGCAGCUAUGCUCAAUUGGGGUUCUGCUUCGCUUGAAACUCUGCAAUCUGAUUGGUUUAUCGCUGCAGCACUACAAGUAAACUCUAGACUACGAACAACUAGGCUGUCCCUUGCUGCUAUCACUCGAGUGGAUCUAUCAUGUAAUAGACUCACCGUGUUCCCAUCAGUUCUGUUCCAGAUGCCUUCGUUACGAUCUCUCAAUCUCUCCGAGAAUCUUCUAACUACAAUAGACAUGCCGGGUUUUUAUGUAAUCUCAACGUCUUUGGAAAUUCUAAAUUUGAAACAAAACCGUCUGGAAUCUAUUUCACCACAGUUCCUGUCCUCCUUACCUCAACUGAUCAAUCUCGACAUCUCUCGAAAUUGUCUCACACAACUGCCAGAGUUUAUAUGGUUGUGUCCUUCACUAAAAGAACUAAAUGUUGCUUCCAACCACCUUUCUACCUUGCCCAUGGUUGGCGCAACGCCAAGAAUUGGUCGAACAUCUCGAAGUACUCAACAACCUAUUGCAUUCACUAAUCCAACUGGAUCAGAUCCAAUUACAAUUAAUGACGGUAUCGAGGAUGCCACUAAUGUGGUCACGAAACCCUUAAUUCGACAAAAUAUCUGGCAGUCCGGAAUUAAUUUGUCCAAGGUCGAUGACGAGAACUUCUUCCCCGAUUUCCCAGUUACUUCCUCGAGCACACUUAAAACGCUGAAUCUUUCUGCAAACAGGUUCCAAGUAUUCCCUUUCUGUCUUGCAUGCACUUGCCCUCGUCUACUUUCUCUUAACAUCAGUUUCAACCAGCUAACCGCUUUACCGCCGGUACAGUGUAUUCCUGCACAUGUCAGAAGUCUUGAUUUUUCGGGGAAUUUAAUAAAGGAACCCUUUCAACUGCCUUCUGUUUUUCACACUGUUUGUCAUGCCGUACCUCUCACCACCACUGCAGCGCCGAUCGCGGUCCGCCGUCCAACCAGCCCUGUUCGGCAAAAUCGUAGCAGAUCAAAAUCUGCUGUACGCUCUCAGAGGUCUCUGUCUGUGUCGAAGCACCAGGCUGUUGAUGUGCAGUUAGAAGAAGCGUGUCAACACAAACAACAUGAUUCACUGGAAUGGGUGAAAACUCUAAACGUCAGUGGAAAUCAACUAGAAGUCAUCCCGAUUUGUGUCAAAAACAAGAUUUUAUUUCCAUCCCUCAGCGUUUUGGAUGUGAGUUCUAAUGCGUUGAAGACAGUGACUUCUGAGAUUUCACGUCUUGCUGGGUUAUCAGUGUUGAAUCUGGCUGGAAAUAAAGGCAUUCAAACUCUUCCGCCUGAGCUAGGAAUGCUAUCAAGACUAUGGUCAUUAUCGCUGAAAGGUUGUCAACUCAAAGAGCCGUUGGACUCAAUGGUUAAUACCGAAAAUUGCAAAACUGUUGAAAUUGUCGCUCACUUAAAGACUAUCCUCGAAGAAUCGAAAACUUAUCACCACCUUCGCCUUCUUAUAUUAGGAAGUGAUGGAGUUGGAAAAAGUCUGCUUUGGGAAGGCUUACGGUCGGAAGCCGUUCAAAAGAAGUCUCCAUUACAAAUGGAAAGUGUUCGAGUCGCUGAAUGGAAGUUCGAAGCAAAAAAGAGCAAAAGUGAGGCUGCUCUGGGUCCUGUGGCAUUUUCGUCGUGGGACUUUACGGGACAGAGGGAAUAUCAUGCAACUCAUCAUUACUUCCUUACCCGACGUACACUUUACAUAGUGGUGUGGCGAGUAACCGAUGGUGAAGUGGCCCUUCACGAUGUUCAACGUUGGCUUAUCAAUAUACAGGCUCGAGCUCCGAACUCUUGUGUAAUAUUAGUAGGAACUCAUGUCGACCAAAUUUCUUCGAAUCCCUCGAAAUUUCCCAAAGGUUUCCUUGAUGAUGUCGAUUCUAAGAUUCGGUCCCGGUUCAUGGUUAAUGAUGGGGACAAACAUGGACUACCUCGGAUCCUUGACUUGCUUUUUGUUAGCAGCAAGGCGAAGAACGAUAUUAAGAAUCUUUUAAAUGUGAUUUAUAAUUCGGCUUGGGAGGUUAGAAUUGGUAAGGAACGUGCGCUUGAUCAACAAAUACCUUCCUCUUAUAUAGCUCUGAUGAAGGUAGUACGUGAAUUUCACACUGAACUGAGGCGAGACGCAGUAUCAGCUAUAAUGACCUUAGAACAGUUUCGGGAACGAACGAAACAACGGAUGAGUCAGAAAUUUGGUAGACCGUUUAGGGACGACAUUGAAUUUCGAGGUGCUUGCUCUUUUCUCCAUGACAGCGGGGAAAUUGUGCAUUUUGAGGAUGCAUCCCUAAGACAAUUGAUUUUUGUGGAUCCACUAUGGCUAGCGGAUUACCUUGCUGGUGUUGUGGCAUUGAGGUCCCCUCAUAAAGCAGCUGGUAUUCUUUCUCAAGACGCUCUUAAUCCUCUUCUGAAACAGUUCCGACCUCUUGACUCCAGUACUCCACUUCGCGGAGCUUUGCUCGACCUACUGCAGAAGUGUGAACUUGCUUUGCCAUGCCUUGCGCGUCGGCUUGUCGUUCCAGCUCUUUUACCUGAUGAGUACAGGCUUCGAGCAGAUUACCACACUGCUUCUGUUCGGAUAGGUGCAAAAGUCGUGACGUGGGCCAUUCGUUCUCCUCCAGAACCUCUACCUACACACCAACCCUUGACUCGAACGGUCGGAGUUUCACAAAGAUCAAUCGAUCACUCUGCGGGAUCUCCUCAAAAAACAAUAAAUGGCACCAACACAUCCGAAGCAAUGUUUACGUUCACUUUUUGCCCGGAGAAGCAGAUGCAUCGAGUUUACGCAAUGUCUUACAUUCCAGCUGGAUUCUGGAGUCGCCUUAUUACGCGGAUUAUUGGUGAUGAGAACGUGAUGCGUGCUGUUGAAUGUUUGUUUGCAUCAAACUCAUGUGAUAACACCACUCGUCUUCGUCAAAUAUGUGACACUCAACUAAAAGCAGAGUGGGUUGUCUGGCAGACAGGGCUUGAGCUCAUGGUCAAAGGGCACUCAGUGUUCCUUCUGAAACAAUUCUUCGCUCAGGCAGAAGUGCGCACUUUGGACUACUCUCAUUUGGAUUUACGAAUUCGUGAUGAACAGAAAAGGUGGCGGACGUUUCCACUGACUCAAUAUGCAACUGUCGAAAUGUUGUUUCCUGCGUUAAGCGUCACUAUUGUUGAUGGUUCUGAGAAGAUGACAAUAUCAACGGAAGGCGAAGGCUCAACCAAACUUCUUGCUUUGGUGGUUGAUCUCCUGGAUACGUUGCUUGAGGACUGGUAUCCAGCACUAGGUACCCGUUUUGUACAUUCGUCUGAAGGAGAUUUACUGGUGAAUCGAUUCGUGCCAUGUGUCAAAUGUGCGCAUGAUAUCGUUGCCGAAACAUAUCAUGCUUACGACGAUGCUGAUGUCAUUCAACGAAAAACUAGUAAAGGGGAGCAUAGUGUACGUGAAUCAAAGACAACUGGUGACAUUUCUACACUAUACGUCAUCCAUUGUUUUUCUAUAGAGGAAUGCAUGCUUGCAGGUCGUGAAUACGGUUGGUUAGAGUGUCCAUCGCACAGUGGGAUUCAUAUGAAAGAUGUUGCUCCAGACACUGUUUUCGUUGAUAUCGAGUCUUCUCUACUAAUAGGAGCUGACCAAAUAAAACGAGGUCGGCUACUGGGAAGAGGCGCCUUCGGUUUCGUUUUUCGGGCUACUGUCAAGUUGCAGAGUGGCGAAUUGUGUGAAGUUGCCCAGAAAAUGCUUGAACCAGUUAAUCCGGGACCGGGUGCCAGACCUUCUGCUAUUGCCGCCUUCAAAGCUGCCGCUGAUAAAUGGCGACGCGAUUCGCUUGAGUUCGCCUCACGGGCUUAUUGUACUUCAAGACAGGAGCUGAAUCUUCUCAGCCGCUUGCGCCAUUCGAACAUUGUCUGCCUUGUUGGGGUCUGCGUUUCUCCACUCUCAUUAGUAUUUGAAUUAGCACCACUAGGAGCCCUUAACCAACUUUUGGUCAGCCACAGAAAAAGCGGUGCCCGUCUGGGUCUUUCCGUCCUAAGGGAUUCGGCUGUACAGGUAGCCAAAGCUCUGGAAUAUUUGCACUCAGCACACAUCAUCUACAGAGAUUUAAAAAGUGAAAAUGUUUUGGUAUGGCGAUUCCCACCUCCAUUUGGAUCUCAAACAGAUGUCUUGUUAAAACUAGCAGAUUACGGUAUUUCACGGACUGUUAUGCCUUCUGGUGGAGCUAAAGGCUUCGGAGGCACGGAGGGGUUCAUGGCUCCAGAAAUUGUCAAGUUCAAUGGAGAAGAAGAGUAUACACAAAAAGUUGACUGUUUCUCCUUUGGAAUGUUUUUGUAUGAAUUGAUCACUCUUAAACACCCUUUCGAAGGUGAAGAACAUGUGAAAGAACGGCUGUUGGAUGGUGCACGACCUGUUUUCUUACCUCAUGAAUUACUGGUGCCUUCUCCUAUGUUAGAUCUAGCCGUACACUGUUGGGCAGCCUUACCAGACGACAGACCGUCCUCAUCCCAACUUGUCGGAUAUUGCUCUGCUCCAGAAUUCACUCAUAUUCUUGACGUCUGUGAACUUGAAGAAGCACUGCCACCGUGUUCCGUGCUACCAUACCAUAUAGGCGAUGAGAUGGAUGACCCCGAUGAUUUCGAGGCUCAAUUGUGGCUUGGUGGGAAAAACAUAACAAUCAUGAGCUGUACCCAGUAUGGAUGGUUGGACCAGAAAGUCAUCGAAACUCCGUUCCGAACCAGAUUCACCUGCAGAGUACGGGACACAAUUUGGUUCUGUGAUGAGAACGGUGAAGUAACAGUUUAUGCGACUUCACUCCAUGAACUAACAAAAUUGAAGUUACCAUCACUUAGUGCACCUAUUAUUCGUGCCCCUGAGCUAUUAGGAUCCGACAUAUUGUUACUUGCCACGGAUCGCCAGCUAAUAUUACUUCGGUUGAAUGAGUCCAACUCAGUUGUAUUGCUUGCAACUCUCGAUAGCCCAUUCGAAAUCAAGAGUGCAACCACUGUUAUUCAAACUGCAAGCAGGCAAAUCUGGACUGGUCAUUCAGAGGGUCGAAUAUCGAUCCACCAUUUGAGUCAAGAGGACAAAUUUUCUUUUUCUUCUUCAUUGUAUUUGCCAGACGAUAACGUUGUUGUCAAGGAUAUUUUGGCAAGUAGAGACGGGAACAAUGUGUGGGUCACCUAUGAAGGAGGAUCGCGGGUAUUCUGUUGGGAUGUGGAGCGACGUCAGAUUUGCUCUUCUCUAGACAUUCGAAAAGUUAUGCCAGGAAGUGAAACGAUACAUACCUUGGAUGUGGAGUUAGCUGAGGAGAAUGUUGUCACAUGUAUAGCUUUACUUGAAAGCGCAGACGGUGCUCAGAUGUAUGUGGGUACCAGUAGAGGACUUCUUAUAGUGGCUAAUGCUUUAUUGUUGCAACCUUUGUCAGCGUGCAGACCUUUCAGCGGUGAGCUGACAUCAUUAUGUGUCAUUGAAGGAGCUCACGACGAAGAUAUUGCUACCAAAGUCCGCACCACAGUCAGUACUGCAUCAUCCGAAAGUGGUUUGGGCUGGGUUCGAGAACGAGUGAGCGAAACGAUAGAGAGGUUCCGUGGCAGUCCCGCACCAUCCACUGGACAGGGCACGGCUGUUAUCGUCACUAUUGGCAGAGGAUAUCGGAGCCUUUCGCAUCGCUUUGUUGCACCAACUCCUCUAAGUGAAGCUUAUUCUAUAGCAAUAUGGCGAACAGAAGAGUGGAUCUAA